AUGGCACGCGAGACAAGAGGCUCGGCGGCUCGCGAGGCUGCGUCGCACCCCAACGCCUCCCCAGACUCGGGGAGCAAGCGCAAACGCCGUACAUCCGAGGCGUCUGCGCCAACAGACACAAACGGCGAGACACCAGAUAGCAAACGCCUGCGCACAAACGGAAAGGUCGAGCCGAUCGAGGAGGAGCCCGAACCCGCACGUCCCGGGCGGUUGUUGACUGCGCAAAUCCGCGAAGCCAUUUCCGUAAUUGUGUCCCAAAUGGCCUCGGGGCUCCCACAUCCUAUCAACGGGAUCCUCACACUAGCGCUACCUCCCGACUUCUCGCAGAAGGAGGAGAACACGCUCGGAUGGAUCCUCCGCCAGGACUCUCUCACAUGGGAGAAGCUGGUGUCUAUCAUUCAUCUAUUCGCUGAACACUUGCUGCUGCCAGCAUCGUACCCCAACCCCAUCCCUUCCCUCGACCGCUUCCAUCUCCCCGUUCCGCCACUGCCGUCCCAUUUUUCGCCCAUGGCCGUCUACACAUUCUGUCGCGGGCUGUACGCCCUCCUGUUGCAGGUCGAAGAACAGAUUGGCGGGUCAACCACCGACGUCAAGCCUGCCGAGCGCUGGGCACUCAUGCAGAAGACACCCGGACACGGUCUCGGCACUGCGGGCGGUGACUGGUUCACUGCCGUGGCUGACCUGCGAGAGGUCGAGGCGGCGCGCAAGCGCCUGGGCAUCAAAAACGGAGAGACGCUGCUAUCCAACCUCGCCGCCGGCGACAAGAAGUUUGGCGCGGCCCAGCCACUCAUCGUUCAGGCCACCGAGCCACUUGGGCAGGGCAAGGGCAAGGUCCCGUCUCUAUCCGAGUCGUUGAUACGCCGCGCCAGCCUCAAAGCGCAGAGGUGGAAGGAGAGCCACGCAGCGAGACGGAAGAGCGGGUUCGGCAGCGUACUCCACGAGGUUACGCCAGUCGCGCAGAACACGGCGUGGACACCGACAUUUGGGCCGAGCUACGACUCAACAAACGCCCAGGGCCUCGGUUACUACUCGACACUGCAUCUGAUGCACGAGCGCCGCCGCCGCCACCUCCACACGGAGGUCACCGCCAACAUUAUCGCAAUCGACGAGGAUGACGGGUGGUAUGGCACGCUCGAGAUGGGCGACAAGAACAAGCCUGCUGAGGAGGACAAGAGAAACGCUACGAACGGCGAGAAGGUCGGCGAGGCCAAAGAGGAUGCAGACGCUGUGCUCUCGGCCAACGCCGAGCGUAUCGACGAGCUUAAAAAAUGGCAGGAAGUUCGUGUGGUUCGUGGCGACGUCGAGUGGGUGUCGGAUCGCGAGCGCGCCGUGGCGGACGAGCUGUUUGCGUCACUGGCGAGGCUCAUCGAGGCAUCGGACACGCCACCAUCAGCCCUUCUGCCCGAACAGAAGGGCGGCGAGAAGACGGACAGCGAGAAGAAGGACUUGUCGGUUGGCCUCGCGCACAAGCUUGCGCGCCGGCUACUUGCCAACCGCGCGCCGAUCAUUCGUGGCACGCUCGACCCGCGCCGGCCGCUGGCGCUCCACGAUAACGUCACCCUCCGCCUCCGCGCACAAACUGCGGCGGCGAUCACUGCACCCUCACCGCACGCCAUCAACGGCGCCCCCCAUGCCCCACCACCAAAGGCUGGAGGCCCAAGCACUCCGGGCUUUAUGCCUCCUCCGUCGUCGACGAUCCGCGAACCGCCUCCGCACACGAUGCCGAACAACGUUGGCGUUGCGCGUUUCUACCCCCCGCAGGGCCGUUCGCCAUAUCCGACUCCACAGCAACAAUUGCAAAAGUCGCCGCACCAGCCCCAUCAGCCCCUCACGCCGCAACAGCAUCACCAGGCACUCCCGCAGCACAAAGGCAUGCAGCACCCUGGCAUGCAGCAGCACCACGCGAUGCAGCAACAGAUGCAGGUGCAGGCGCAGCAGGCGAUGCAGAUGGGCCUCCAGCUCACGCAACAUCAGAUGCCGAUGGUUGCCGGCGGCUCUCCCGCGCAUGCGCACAUGCGCAUGAUGGGCAUGAUGCCGCAGGGCGCGCAGGGUGUACCGCAAGGCAUGCCCCAGGGUGGCAUGCAAGGCGGCAUGCAAGGCAUGCAGAUGCCCCAGCAGUUUGGGCACGGCUCGCCACAACAGCAGAUGUUCCGGCCUCAGGGUGGUAUGAUGCACCCUCAGCAGCAUCCGCAACAGCAUCCGCAGCAGCACCCCCAGCAGCAGAUGAUGCAGCAACAGAUGCAGUUCCGCCCCAUGCCGGGGAUGAACUCGCCCUCCCCGGCCGGCAUGGCGUACCCGCAACAGCGCAUGAUGGCUGUCCCGUCGGGCCUGCGCCAGCCGUACGCCAUGCAGGGUACUCCUGGAGCUCCCGGUACGCCUGGUACGCCUGGGCCGAUGGGCGCGAUGCCCGUAAUGUACCAGCCGGGUUACGGGAGUCCGAUGCCUGGGCGCGUGGGCAUGCCUGGCGGCGCGGUGCCCAUGAUGGGGCAGAUGCAGGGGAUGCCGGGGCAGCAGGCGAUGCACCGGUAG